GAUUCCGCCGUCUCGACGACAUGACGUUCGCAGAAACGUGUCCACGCUUGCCUAACUCUUCAAAAUGGACCGUCUUCUUGCUGUAUUUUGUCUCUCGGGUCUCCUGGACUUUUCCAGCUGAAGGUCUGUCUCGUGUGAUUGGUUCCCCUAAGCCAAUCACAGCCGCCCCGGGUGAUGACGUAAUCCUGCCGUGUCACCUGGAACCUCGGGUCAACGCGCAGUGGAUCACGCUGGAAUGGACGAGAACUGACAUGAAGCCCGGCUAUGUGUACUUUCGUCGAGGCGGGGUAGAGCUCAGGGACACGAAGAUCUCAUCGUACGCAGACAGGGCGGCGCUGUUCGCAGACGAGCUGAAGCGUGGCAACAUGUCGCUGAGCAUCAGGAACGUAACGUUGGCAGAUAAAGGAACGUACCGAUGUUUCGUCCCCAGUUUAAAGAGCCAUGUCGUCGUACAGCUUGUUGUUAUUGAGAAACAAACGUGGACGACGGCAGCGCCGCUGACAACCAGAGAUCUCCAGACUCCAGAUCCUGGAGUUGUGACGGAUGCCAACGACGUUCGAAGGCGUCCCAUCAUCUGGAUCCUGCCUGCGGUCAGCAUCGCAUUGCUACUGGUAACGGCGGCCACCGUAUUUAUCGUCAAACGUAAGCGGCGGCGACAUGAGGACGUGGGGAACAAGCAAACGGACGACGCUGCGUCGGGUCUCAUUGUAGCCGAGACGCAAAGCAAACCGUUUGCUGCGUAGACGACGUGGGCCAGGAAACAUCGGUGGCCGUUGUUGGGACGAAAACCAGAGCAGAGGGGGCGUGGCUUCCCUGUGGUGGAUAACUGUGAAAAUCGUGUACCAUGGAAAUGGAUCAUCAAUCACAUUCUUCAAAGGAAGACAUAACAGACUUCGGGAAUAAAGGAAGCAAGGAAGGAAAGGAAAGGAAGGAAAGCAACUUUAUUGUCAUUAUAUUGGUAUUGUACAACGAGAUGUCGAGGUCAGAUGGAGGGUUGAUCAGAGCCGCCACAAGGGACCAACCUGACCGAAUGUAACUAACAUUCUAACAUGUUUUGAUGGUGGGAGGAAACUGGAGAGCCCAGGGGAAACCCACGCAGACAUAGGGAGAAUAUGCAAACUCCACACAGAAAGGUCCCAGACCAGGAAUUGAACCCAGCACCUUAUUGCUGUGAGGCAACAGUGCUAACCACCACCACUUCUAACCACUGCGCCACCAUGCCGCCAUAAAUUGUGUCGUACAGUAUUUAAUCACCGACGUUUGUUACCUCAACUCUAACGCAAAAGAGUUACGUUAACUGAACCAAAGUUACGUGAGACUAAAAUUAAGUUUUAGUGUUUUGUGAAGAUUUCGACUGUAAACAAAAGGUGGAUGACAACCUCACAUGACAACCUCGCCCCCUGGUGGCUGGAUGCACUGUAGGUCAUAAGCUCUGCCCCCUCAUUGUUAGCAGAUGGGACACGAAAAAACAAAUAUUGCACGAAUCUGAAAUUAUUUCACAUUUGAAAGUUUUUUUUUGUUUGUUUGUUUUCAGAAACGAGAAGAAAACUUUUGGGUGAAAAUUUCUACUUGUGAUUUUUCGCCAUAAAGUUUUCAAAUCUCAGUUUGUCAGAUUUUUCUUUUUUUUUUUAUAAAAUGCGAUGCCCUCAACUUAAUUUGUUUUCGCAGAGAAACAAACAAACUGGACAAACUUUACAACUAGAAAAAAAAGAAAAAAAUUGAUUUUGAAAACUUUGAUUUUUUUAAAAUUUAAGCCAUUUGAAAGUUUGAAGAGACAAAAACUUAAAUUAAGUUUAUGUUUCAAAGAAAAACAAACCUUUUAAUAAAAAUUUUAUUUCCCUUUUUAUUUUAAAGAAAAAAAAACGAAAAGUCUGAACUUGAAAAAGUAUUUCCAGUGUUUGUUUGUUUUUUAAACGCAGGUUAUCUUACAUUUAAAGGAUUGCAGGACGUGACUUGUGACGUGAAUUGAUUGUUCCAGACCGAUUGUCCGAUUUUGUUAUUUGUGGUGAUUUUUCUGAAGUUAACAUGUCGGGUUUACACAUGUUUUAUAUCCUCAAACCUCAACACUGAUUGUUUCACAUUCUAUAAGCUUAACACUAACAGGAAUGUAUUUUUAUACGUCAAUAAUUCCAUAUAGAGACGUAGACGUCACUGUUUAUACGACAUUUAGUCUUUAUUUAUUCUAUUUAUUUAAUUUUUUUUACCUCAGUGAACUGUCGUUUUUUAUAUUCUGUUUCUGUUGACGGAAACGGUGAAGGCACUACAUGAAGUUACGGAAGUGUUUCUGUGACGUGGUUAAAUAAAGCUUGUUUUGAAUCA